AUGGUUAUAGUAGAUGAUCGAGUUCGUAUGGACCGCAGAUAUGAUUGGGUGGGUCCACCGCACCCAGUCUCAAAGAUCAGACCUAUAAAGCUGCGCAGGGUGGAUAACGAAACCAAACUGGAACGCGAGUACCGAGAAGCAAGAGAGGAGCUAAACAGAUGGAGCUCUGCAUUUUGGGAGAAGCACAAUGCAUUUUUUGAUACGAAGAAAGCAGAGUUUGUUGAGAAUCGAAAGAAGGAAUUAGGAAGAAUAGAACAAGUGUCAGCGAAUGAUUUAUCUACUUUCUACAAGGAGUUUCUGGAUUCAAAACAUGCAGAUUUGAUGGCUUACAACAAGGAAUGGUAUUACCGCAACAUAGCCCUUUGUUGGCCUGCUCUCAGAGUGAAUAUGGUUCGCUUUAUACGACUGUUAACGCGAAGAUAA